AUGACCGAUUUAUUGGCUCAGAGAGAUUCCACUGGAAUUUAUUAUGAGCCCUAUUCGGGCGAUUUUAGGCAGUGCAUUUAUGAGGAGGCUGAUGUUCAAGGCCGUAAUGAGCGCUACGAAUUUAGAUGUGAUGCGCAUUUGUCCUGUUGUGGUCGCGCGUGUUGCAUACCUGCAGCGGCCGCUGCCCCUAUACCUUUAUGGCUGCUUAUUCUCCUUUUGCUACUUGCAUUACUUUUACUCCUUGCUUUGCUCUACCUACUUUACAAAUUGUGCUGUGCCAAGCGCAAAGGUGGAGUGAAGGAAACCGGCAAAAGAUCCUCCACAACUCGUCGCUCGAGAGGAACACGACCCUAUGGAGAUGGAUAUCGAGGUGGUGCUGAUUAUGGCGAAAUUGAUAGGGAUGCCGAUAGAGAUCGAUUCUUCCGUGAUCGAGUAAGCUAUGCCGAAAUGCCUAAUGGAGGGCGGAAGACUGAGGAGGUGAGGACUGUUGAAAGUGGACAGCGUGGUGGACCUUUCCGACGAUCCUUCCACGAGGAGGAAACUUUUGAGGAGGAAUUCCAUGAAGAAAUCGAGCAGGUUGAAAAAACUGGCGGAGAACGGCGAGGAAGCUUGGAUUCUCGAAGAAUUUGACUUUAAAAAAUAUUUUUAAAAUUUGAUAUU